UUUUGGCCUGGAACGAUCCGUUUCAUAAUCCUAACAGAGCGCACUUGGCACGCCUACGGCCGUCAGUGCAACCCAUACCACACCGACAGGAUCGUUUUUCGCCGCGGUCGCCCGCUGCUGAACUGAGGGAAAUUUGUUUCCCAACUCGUUCGGUGCCGCUCAGUUUCGAUUCGGACUCGACCGCGUGCGUUUUGGUUUUUCGCCUUCUCUGCUCCAGAACCGCCUAACCAGACUCAGAACGGUGGCGGCGGCGGCGGCCGGCGAACGACUUAAGUUGACCCACGUGUUUCCCCUGCCUCCGACUACCCCCUGUUUCCUGCUAUUUUUUAUGUUUCGCCUUCGGGUGGUUGGGGCGUUGUUUGUGUUUGCGGAUUUUCCCCUGAGCAGUUGCAUUUGUGUUUCGACCGCCUGCCGUAGCUGAUGGGUCGAAAGUCAGUGCUCUAGUGGAGCUUUCAGUUCGCGGGCGCCCGUUCAGCUGUUAGGCAGUGCGCGCGAUUGACAAGGGGAAAGCUCCGAAACGAACCGUCGGAAUCGGUCAGUGUCAUUCAUAGGUGGUUAAUACACGUGGUGCCUCACUGGAAGGAGGAUCUUCGGUGCGAAAGGAUUGUGAAGCAGGUGAAAAUUUGUGGCGGGAAAGUGUGUGAUUAGUGCCGACGGCGGGGAAGAAAAAUGUGACCAAUGGAAUGAGUGUGAACAUGGCAAACGACGGAAACAACGAUGGAUAAAAACAAGCUAAUGAUGUUGGAUUAGAACGAGCGUGGAGAGUGAACGAGCAACGAGCAGUUUGCGAUAAAAACCUGGUCCGGUGGUGUGAAACAUAUAGCGAUCUAAGUGACGAUGACGACGACGACGACGACAACGACAACCACCAACUGUGAGUGAGGAGUGUUCCGUUUCCGGCCGUUUGAAGAAAGAAAAGUGUUAGAAGUGCCAUAAAGCGAAGAAAAGCGUGUUUUGAAGCAGUGGGGGUAAUCCGGUCCAAAAUAUUUACGCAAUGAACGAAUUCCGGCGCCGGUGGGUCAACAGCGGUGGAAGAACACUACUUCCAGUGGAUUGAGGAGAGUGCAGUUACGACGGGGGCAAGGAAAAGUGUGCGUGAAUUGAAGAAAACCGGAAAAUUAGGUCCGUGGUGAACGCGGGAAAAUACUAGCGUAACCAUAAUCCGUUUGUUAAUUAAUCAAACCCCCAUUAUGCGAUGAUUAUACGCGCUAGUGCGACGACUAUUAGGACCACUUUGAGCAGCACAGUCGUUAUUACGGCAGACGACGACGAAGACGACGACACCAACUUUAGUGGAUCCCGGGAGGUUUCUGUUGCCGUUGUCUCUGCCAUCACUUCUAGCGAAAUCGAAGGCUGCAGCUUCACCUUGGACCGGGACACAGCUGGAAUUAUUGGAGCAGUAACAUGGUCACAGGCGCGAGGAAUGCAGCGGUUGUCCUUGGAGGAGCCGUACUUCUGCUCUUGGGCUUCCUGAAAGAAGUGUUGGCCGCAAAAAACUACACAUUAAAACCGAGGGUGGUUUUACCCGAUGACUACGUCAAAGAGGUAAGACCACCCUCGAAAAAAGGCACCCCCGUAGUGGUAGAAUUCAGCAUAUUCGUCGUCGACAUCAACUCGAUCAACGUGGAGGAUAUGGAUUUCAGAGUAGAUAUGUUCGUGCACCAGAAGUGGGUCGAGUCGCGACUGGACUUGCAUGACGACAUCUUCGAGGAUGGCGACGAUCACGUUAUACUUCCGCCGGAGUUUUUCGACAACCUGUGGCAACCGGAUCCGUACUUUCUGAACUCGAAAAUAUCAGGUCAAUCUUUUAUAAAUGAAGGUAUAAAUAGGGUUUUGUGCGGCAAAAUCAGUUGUAUGACAUCGAUACGUCAGCAAGAAAUCGCAACCCUCACGCACAAAUUCUCCUCGGUGACACUGUACAAAAACUCAACCGUACGGUACGCCUGCAUGAUGCACGCCAUUAUUGCCUGCCAGAUGGAGUUCCAGCUGUAUCCGAUGGAUAUCCAGAUCUGUCCCAUCUACAUCGAGAGCUUCUCCUAUCACAAUCAGAAAAUUCGCCUCAAGUGGGCCGACAACGGGGUCACGAUCAACCCGGAGCUCAAACUGCUGCAGUACAACCUAGGGCAACCGCUGCAGCUGGAGGAGACUGAUGGCUAUAUGCCGGAGAAAUACGGAAACUUCUCCCGACUGGCCGUGUACUUCCGGUUCGAGCGCCAGAUAGGUCAUCAUCUGAUACAAACCUUCGCGCCAUCGACGCUGGUGGUGAUGCUAUCGUGGUUCAGCUUUUGGCUAGGUCUGGACGCCAUCCCAGGACGGGUGACACUCCUGGUAACGUGCAUGCUUACCCUGGUGACGAUGUUCACCGGAAUGCGAGCGGAUAUUCCUCCGGUGGCGUAUGUGAAGGCACUGGACCUAUGGAUGGCAGGUUGCAUGAUGUUUGUGUUCUCCGCGCUGGCCGAGUUCGUGGUCGUCAAAGUGCUGGACGUGCAAUACCAGUACCAGGUGAACAAGGUACCGAAAGUCCUUCCAAUGCGAAUAAGUGCCAUGGAAAAGGGUCAAUGUGCCACGGUGGCAAACUGGGAGGGCGGCACGGUAAGCGUUCGCCCCCGGAAGCCAACCCAAACGCCCACAACGCCCGGUCAGGCAUCCCUGCAGGGCAACGGAGGACCUCAACCGCCGCCAGCCAAACAGCCAACGCGAAGGCAGAGCAUUCUGUCGGUGGCGUGGACCGACACGGACACCGGCAUCGAGAAGAUUAUGUGGCGGGAGAUUGACAAAAUGUCGCGUGUGAUAUUCCCGGGUUUGUUUCUCGUAUUCGUCAUACUGUACUGGCCAAUUCUGAUUUUCAAAACGUCCUGAUCGACGAUGGAGCUGUAAAAGGCUGCAUCGAAUAAAAAGUCUAAUCUAGUUUCACCCUUAUGCAAAACAGUCUCACUCACCACGUUUUCCCUUUCUCUUGAAUCUUACUAUCUAUAACUGCAAUCACAUAAUUUAUCAUAUGUUUCGCUAUCAUUUCGUUCAUAUGCACUUCUUUUGUUGUAAAUCUUUUUUCACCGUUUGAAGGCGCGUGCUCUUCCGAAAACUGAUGUAAUUUAAGUUGCGCUUACUUGACAUUAAUCGAUAUUUUAACCGCCAGUAAAAAAAGAUAAGUUUAGCUAGUUUUCAUUUUCGAAAACGAACAGUACAGUAAGUAAUACUAAUAGAAUACUCCGAUAGUUCCAAUAGAUAAAUCUUUUGGCAGCUCAAUACGGUUUCCUGCAGAAAUAAAUUAGUUUUGUAUAGUGAAAAGUUGCACAAACUAAUUUCUUUAUAUCUAAUUAUUUUUGUUAAAAUUUAAUACGUAGACUUGCCUAACUUGGGCAGCGAUUCUAUUAUGGGAACUUUUCUGCUCUGCAGUUUUCAUUAAUAGGUACAUCAGGGCAAGUUGAAACACAAAGUUUUGGAAACAAUUUCAAUUCAAUUUGGAUAAAAAAAAAUCCAAAAGAUUGUGCGAUUCAAAAACUAAGUGUUAUAAUAUUCUACUUUUUCACCAUGAUCAGAUAACAUUCGGUGUUUCAUCUCGCCCCACCCGUUUCAACUUGCCGCGGUGUACCUUAACCCUUUGGAGCCUGAUUUUGUCCAAGCGUUGUUAUGCAGUUUGUCAACGUUCUUCUUUUGGUGCUCGAAACUACGCCCACCGUAGUAUUUAGAGAUCAGAUGCCUCGAAUGCACACUGUUUCCAAAGGCCCAAUUUCGUGAACGAAAUUGUUUUGGGCAUGAAAAAUGGAUUUUAGAGGUGUGGUGUCUUCGAAGAAGUUGUUUGGUAGAUCAGAGCCCUUCUUUGGGAAGUAUCACUAAUGUGAUUAAUCCACCUAAAAAUGAGAUAGAAAUUCGAUUCAUAAGUGAAGAUAGCGUAUUUAUGUCUUCAGCAAAGUUGUAGAAAAUGUCAUUAUGAGAAAACUUUCCGAAGAAACUUUUGCUCCAUCUGCUCAAUUUCUAGAGAUAUGGGCCAUUAUUUGUGAAUGACCCCUUAAAAUCAGUUUUUUUUGUUGUAACUUUUUCCAGACAUUUUUGGGAAUUUUCAAAUGUUCUAUAGAGUUAUUUAUUAUGACAAAAUACGUGUUUCUUCUGAAGACGGCAACAUUGUAUCUUUGAUAGUUUUUGAGAUAUUCAAUAAUUUAUUUUUUAAAAUAGCCCUUUUUACGGCUUUGUGUCAUUUACAGAGGCAAAAUGGAGCAAGAUUUUUCAAUUGAAUAUGAAAUAAGUUUAUAAUAGGUGUAAAUUUUGUUUCAACUCAGGCUGGACACUUGCUUCCUUGACAGUAAAAUUGAGCUGUGAAAUAUUUUAGUUCGUACCUAAAAUUUUCAAAAAACUCAAAAAGUAUUGAAGAAAGAACUUUGUCGUCUUUAAAGAAAACAUGUUUUUUAUCAUAUAUUAUAACUUUGUAGAACAUUCAAAAAUUCCUAAGAAUGUUUGGGAAAAGUUACAAUGAAAAAACUGAUAUUAAGGGGUCGUUUUCAGAAAAUGACCCAUAUCUUUUCAAGUUAUAUCAAGUUUUCUCAUAAUGACAUUUGCUACAACUUUGUUGAAGACAUAAACACGCUAUCUUCACUUAUGAAUCGAAUUUCUAUCUCACU